UGCCUUGAGAACCCCAUGAACAGUACAUACCCUUAACUCUCUGGAAAAUUAAUCUUGGCUUUUUCUUUUCAUGAUGAUUCUAUAGUAUAGGUAUUACAAGCAUCCUAAAUUCAUUAACACUUUAACCUAAUUCUUCCUUACAAUUCCAAAGGAAGUGGUGUGCUCAUCUGUACCCUGGGGGCAGACCCAUAAAUAACCACCUAGGCACAAAUGAUGGAUAGAGAUAUAUUUACGUAAUGUUUUCCUUAUCCCCGAAAAUUAUAGAAAUGUUGAACAAAGGGCAAAUGUUAUAACAGAUUCAGUUGGGGUUUUGCUUACAACAUAAAACAUCCUAGACACCUUAAAAGGCAGUUAAAAAUCUACUCAGAGCAGAAAGUCAGGAAGACUGUACUGUAUUGCAACAAUAUCGUCUGAUUGGCCAUUUCUGUUUGAGUUUACUUUUUAGAGUUUUUAAAUAGUUUUACUGUCAAAACUGACCAUCUUUUCACAUGGUGGUUGUUAAUUAAUAUUAAUUCUGAUUUUGAACCACCAUGUUCACCUGGGCUGAAUUAUUCUAUUAGAUUCUCAUUUUACUCUUAAACAGCAGUGCCCUUAAAAAUUAAACAGGGGAUUUAAAUUUAAAUGCACAUGCCCUUUGACAAAUAUAUUCCAGUAUGUAUUUACCCUAGAAAUAUAUUCAUAAAAGCAUAUAAAGCUACUCAGUGGUGUUCUCUACUUAUAAAGAAAAAAUACAGUAGGGAUAGUUAAGUAAAUUUAGCCCAUACACUGGAAUACUAAUUAGCUCUUAAAAGAUAAACUGGUAUGGGAAGAUCGCCAAGUUUUCUUAACUGAAAAAGAUAAGAUGUAAAAUAACAUCAUGAUGCCAGAGGUGGUUUAAAAUGCAUACUUACUAAACAAAUGUUUGUUGAGUGCUAUUGUGUGGUUAGUGGUGUCCUGGGAGGGUAUACACAAAAUACUAACAGUGGUUAACUGUGGGGAGCUAGGAUACUUUUCAUUUCAGUCUCUGUGCAACUCGAGGGUGUGUUUUAGUUUUUUUAUUAUAGGGCUCUUUAAUAUAUUUUGAUAUAUUGAUACAUUAUCAGCAGGCUUAACUAAGUCAUAUAUGCAGUCAUAUGCAACUUGAGUUUUAGUUGUGCGUAUUUGAAUCUGUAUAUUUAAAAUUUUAAAAUAUGUGCUGCUUGCUGUGUGGCAACGUUUAUUCAUCUGUCUUCCCAGCAGCCUGUGAGGACUCUAAAGACCGAAACUCAGUUUUGCCUUCAUCAUCUACUUGGUUUUUAAUUGACGUAAUUGCAAAAAUGAGGGGUAGUUUAGGGAUAUCGGGAUGGUCUGUCGGAGACUAUGCUACUGAGCAGGUUGGGCUGUGGCAGCUGGAGUCCUCCAGGCGCACCAGGGAGACGUGCGGCCGCAUUCCUAGAGAGGCACAGAGCCGGCUAGGCAGCCACAGCGGCGAGAGGAGAAAUCUUUGGCCCCCGAAGUCCUGACGGCAGGAAGUGCGGCACGCCCACUAGGCGAGGCAGCUGGCUUCUCCAGACUGCAGAGCUGGGCCUCCGCUCUCAGUGCUGGGAUGCGAUCGCAGUAAGAUAUGUUCUGGGCCCGCGGGACGUCUGGCAUCCCAGUUCAUCUCCGUGCGCUCAGCAAGACAUCCACCAGUAUUUGUUGAAUACCAGGUACACCGGCAAAGACAAGACCCUGGCCUCAAGGAGCAAGGGGUGGUGGUCGUGAUGGGGGCUGUGACCUGUGAGUUGAAAAGUGAAGCGUGUUGGUGAGGCAGGUUUGGGCUCACUUUUCAAUGGGAACCCUCUCCGUCUGAGUGGCUCAGAGGAGAAGAUUGUCUGUACGUUAGGUUUGGGGGUGGCAUUUGCGUUGGGCCUUGGGGAUUCACAGAAGACUGGUCGUGGCCAUAACGUACAAGGUGGGUGGAACAAAUUUGAGUAUCAGCUGGCAGUGACACGAGGCAUUUGAGAAGACGAUGGCUUUCUUGCAAGUAGGGUCUGUGUCUUUUAUUCUGGGAAUAGCUCCUGGAAAAUAAUGAUGUGCUCGAUAAAUGUUUAUCGAGUGGCAAACACGUAAGCGAAACUCAGUUCUAAGAUCGAAUCCUGGGGAGUUUGAAUUUAGUUCAACCAGGAGCAACUGAAAUUAGCAUUUGAGGGGGGAGGGGUGUUGUCAGAUAUGGUCCGAAUUGUGCUUUAAGAAAUACUGAUCCAGUGAUGAUGAGGUGGUGGGGCAGGAAUACCACACAGAAAAUAUUGUGAUAAUAGUGACUGUCAAUCACAAUAAGGGUGUAAAACGGAAGAUGAAGCAGUGGGUGCAAGAGGCAUCUUGGAGGAAGAACUGACUGGACCCAGGGUGAUAUGUACACUAUAUGUAGGCUGGCUUUGGCCUGAAUACCUGGAAGAUGGUGGUGAUGCCAACAGAAAUAGAAAAAUACAGAGUGAGUGCAGCUUUGAGGAGGCUGGUUUCAGUUGGGGAUGUGUUGAAAUGACAGGGCAGGAAGGUCCAAGGCUGGAGGCAUCGUGUGGCAUUUCAAGAUGUGAGUCUGGAAUAUGAAAGGCAAGUCAGAACCAGAUAAGAGUGUUCUUAGAACAGAGAUAAUAUUGAAUUUUGAUGGAGAUAACAAAAGGAAAAAUGAGAGGGAGAAACAGAAGUCGAAAUAUUUCUACAGUUUAUCUAUUGUUACAUAAAAAAAUAAAGCCCCAAACUUAGUGGUGUAAGACAACUUCAGCUUAUUAAUUCUUAUGAGUCUGUAGGUUGACUGGGCAGUACUACCGGACUUACUCAUGUGGCUGGGGAGUAGGCUCAGCUCCGCUUCAGCUGGGGCUCUGUGGCUCUCAUCCACGUGACCUCUGCAUGGCUAGCUUGGGCCUUCUCACAGCAUGGCAGUCUCAUGGCUGUGUGCCAGGCACUACAAGAGCACUUCCGCUUACAGUGUCAUAUCUGCCAUAUUUUAUUGGUCAGAGCAAGUCACAGACCAACGCAGAUUCAAGGGAAGGAAAAAGACUCCAUCCCAUAAUGGGAAAAGUAACAAAAUCUCAUCACAACAGAUCUUAGGCAAUGGAGACAUGGAGACUUUUGAAAGUCUACUUCACCUAAGCUAAAGUAUUCUGUGAGAAAGACACAGAGAUAGAUGACCUUCCCUCCUUCUAAAGUAUAAGCUGCUCAGGCAUUCUUAUUAACCCUUCUUCUCUUAUAUCCCCUCCCUUUGGGCUCUACUCCCUUAGGAGUCAAGGUAUACUUCAUUGAUAAAACAGGCAAGCGGGCUCAGUUGUUGAGCAUCACUUAGAGUGGGGACAAAAAUAUGUGUUACAUAGAUUUUUGAAGCUCUUGUUAUUUUCACGUUACUGAUCAAUACUUAUGCCUCAGGUAUACAUUUGGAAAAGCUAAGUGAACUGUUUUCUAAGCCCUUAAGGUCAACAUGGAUGAAGUUUUGCAGGACCCCGCUCCUGAAAAUGGAGACAGCUUUGUGAAAGUGAAGGAGGAAGAUCCCACAUGGGAACAGACAUGCAGCUCACAGGAGAGUGGCUCCCACACUCGGGAGCUUUGCCGCCUGCGCUUCCGGCAGUUCUGCUACCAGGAGGUAGCUGGGCCCCGGGAGGCUCUGGCCCAGCUCCGAGAACUUUGCCAUCGGUGGUUGAGCCCAGAGACCCACAGCAAGGAGCGGAUCCUGGAGCUGCUGGUGUUGGAGCAGUUCCUGACCAUCCUGCCCAAGGAGCUCCAGGCCAGGUUGCAGGCAUGUUCUUUGGAGAGUGGGGAGGACGCAGUGACAGCGCUGGAGAGUCUAGAGAGAGACACAGGAGACUCAGGAGAACAGGCUUCUGUCUACACUGUAGGACAGGACCUGCACCUACUGGUGACAGAAUAUCAAGGAACCUCCUCAGAGUGUCAGAGCCCCCAGUUCCUGUUGGGGGCAACCGCCCUGAAGUGUGAGCCUCCAGCGUCCCCCCAAGCAGUGAGUGGACUCUUGUCUGCUCCGUCCACAAGGCCUGCGUCCCAGAGACCAGACCCUCUCCAGGAAGAGAAUCCGAGAGACCAGGCUGCAGUACUGGGGUUGAACCCAGCCAGAUCCCAGACAUCAGUGAAGACUGAGGAAGCAGCACCUGUCCUUGUCUCGGAGGAGUGGCCAGUUCCGAGUCUGGCUCAGGAGAAGGUUACAGACAUCAGUCUCAUGGCUGAAGAAGUUGUAACUAAAGAUGGAUUUUUUAAUGCAAAGCAAGAAACUUCUGAAGAAACGGAACGAGGUGCUGAGGCCUCAGGAAUAGCCAACAGAGACUGUGUACCCCAGGCUCCUUGUGGUACCCCUGUUCCUGCUGAAAGGACACUUGUGCAUUUGAACACUCUCAAGGACCGUCAUCCGGGUGACUUGUGGGCUCGGAUGCACAUCUCCUCCCUAGAAUAUGCUGCAGGAGACAUUACCCGAAAAGGGAGGAAGAAAGACAAAGCUCGAGUGAGUGAACUGCUCCAAGGCCUUGCAUUUUCUGGUGAUUCAGAUGUGGAAGAGGAUAACGGGCCUGAGACCCAGCCUGCUCCAAAAAGGCUAAAGGGGUCAGGUGUCCCAGAGAAGAACUGGACCAAAAGAGAUAUUAAACCCAACUUUCCAUGCUGGUCAGCACUGGAUUCUGGACUUUUAAAUCUCAAGAGUGAAAAGUUGAACCCAGUAGAGUUCUUUGAGUUAUUUUUUGAUGAUGAAACAUUCAACCUGAUUGUCAGUGAAACCAAUAAUUAUGCUUCUCAGAAAAAUGUCAACUUGGAAGUCACAGUUCAGGAAGUGAGGUGUGUAUUUGGUAUCCUGCUUUUGAGUGGACUCGUGCAGCGUCCCAGAAGGGGAAUGUACUGGGGAACGUCUGAUGCUGACCAGAACCUGGUUAGAGAUGCAAUCAGAAGGGAUAGAUUUGAGUUGAUUUUCUCAUACCUGCAUUUUGCAGAUAAUAGCCAUCUAGAUCAGAAUGAUAAGUUCACAAAAUUGAGGCCUCUCAUAAAGCAAAUGAAUAAAAAUUUUCUCCUAUAUGCUCCCCUCGAAGAAUACUACUGUUUUGAUAAGACAAUGUGUGAGUGCUUUGACAGUGACCAAUUUCUGAAUGGUAAAUCUAUUAGAAUUGGCUAUAAAAUCUGGUGUGGUGCUACCACAGAGGGUUAUCUGGUUUGGUUUGAGCCUCAUCAAGAAGAAGCAACUCUGAUGGCAGGUAAGGAUCCUGAUCUUGGUUUCGGUGGAAACCUCGUGAUGAAUUUUGCUGAUGUUCUUUUAGCAAGGGGUCAGUAUCCAUAUCAUCUGUGCUUCGAUGGCUUCUUUACAAGUGUCACAUUGGUAUCAGCCUUGAAGAAGAAAGGGGUGAGGGCAACAGGGACAAUUCGUGAGAGCAGGACUGAAAAAUGCCCCCUUAUGAGUGCAGAACAUAUGAAAACAAUGAAGAAGGGGUACUGUGAUUUCCGAGUAGAAGAAAAUGAUGAGAUCAUUUUGUGUCGUUGGCAUGGUGAUGGUAUUAUCAGUCUGUGUUCCAAUGCUGUUGGCAUAGAGCCAGUUGAUGAGAUUCACUGUUUUGCCAGUGACAAGGAGAUCCCUCAGAUAAGUCAACCAUCCAUAGUGAAACUGUAUGAUGAAUGCAGGGAAGGUGUAGCUAAAAUGGAACAGAUCACUUCCAAAUACAGGGUGAGAAUAAGAAGCAAGAAGUGGUACUCAGUUUUGGUGAGCUAUAUGAUUGACAUAGCCAUGAGCAAUGCAUGGCAGCUGCACAGAGCCUGUAACCCAGGUGCCUCUCUAGACCUUGGGGAUUUUCGAAGAUACGUUGCACAUUUCUACUUGGAGCAUAAUGCAAAUAUGCCAGAUUAAGGCAGGUGAAGCAGACACAGUGAAGACAUUAAUAAAACAGAAAAGUCACAACUAUACAGCAGAUUGUACCUAAAGCAAACAUGAUGUAUGUAUACAAUUAAAUAAUAUUUCUUUUAAAAAUACAGAGUUUCAAAAACUGUUAUAACAAAUGAUCUGUAAAAAUGUUGAAAUCUAUUGGUACCUUUUUUUUUCUUUCUUUCUUUUUUUUUAUUGGUACCUUUUGUAUGUCUAAUUUUGAUAUAAACAUAUGGGAAAUCCUUUAUUAGUUGCAUUGAAUUGAUUAUCCAUUUAAAGAAUGAAAUCCUGCCUUUUUUUUUUCCUGGUAGUUUUCUCUGGGGAAUGCCAUUUAUAAAUGCAGGCAGAAUUCAAUAUAAUCCCUAUCAAAUCACUCAUUAAAAUUUUUCACAGAACUAGAAAAAAU